AUGAGGAUUUUCUCAAGAAAAAAUUCCCGAAGUUUUUUUCUCAACGGUUUUAUAUGUAUUUUGAACCGCUGAAUCAGAAUUUUCACUUUGCUAACACGCCAGAGUACGCACUUCCACCAAGAAGUUCAGAAAAGAGAACACUGCGUUGGUUCUGUAACAGGCCGCUCUCUCCAGCAGCUGCUGAGGUGGCACCUGUUCAAGAUGGCACAAUAAACUCUUCGAAUUCAGACAUUGAAAACGGAGGCCGCGAAUCAAUUCCAGAUCAUCUCGAUGGCGAUAUUGAUGAAACGAUUCCCGAAUUUGACGCAUCUGAUAAAGACGAUGAUGACGACUAUGUACCUAAUAGUUGCUCCGACACGAGUUCGGAGGAUUCAGAUGUGGAAAUGGAUUUAGAACUCGAAGAUCUACAUGACAAACAAUCUUACCAUAUUCCCUCUGCUAAAACUACUUGUACAUCUACCUCAAUUUGUAACCAAGCCGAAGAAAAUCGGACCAUUUCACCUGAAAUAAGUUCUUCUCAAACAAUUACCGCAGUUUUGCCCGUAGAGGAAACCGGUAACGAUCUUUUAUAUGGAAAAAGAAAUAGGCAGAAGGACUUUUGCUUUUUCUGCGACACCUUGGUACAGUGUUUUGCUAGGCAUAUUAUCCGAAACCAUGCAACAGAAACUGAAGUACAAAAAAUCUUGUCAUAUCCUCCAAGAAGCACCACAAGAAAACAAUUAAUUACGAUGAUACGUAAAAAGGGAAACUAUUUAAAUUCUAAUACACUACAAAAACCAGUUAGGAAAGGUACCCUUGACCAACCUCUCUUGCCGUGCUCACAUUGUUGUGGUUUAUACUCAAAAAAACAAUUAUGGAGGCACGCUAAGCAACGUAAUCCCAAUCAACCGUCUAGAAACACAAACCUUUAUGCUGAACCAUUUAAAGGUUGACUUAAAUUUGAAAAAUAGGGUUUUUCCAAAAAUGAGACCAGAUGAAAUUUCACUGAUAGCAAAAAAAGAUGUUUUGAUUUGCGCGUUUGGAGCUAGAUAUUUAAAAAUACAUAAAGAAGAGCACUUUGUGAACGUUACUUCUCGCAAAAUGCGGGAGUUGGCGAGGCUUGUACUUCAUAUUAAAAAAAUGCAUCCUCAUUUGACAGACCUGACUAAAAUUUUGAUAUUUUAAUAGAUGCAACUAAGGCAGUUGCAAGAUUUGACAUGGACCAUGAAACGUUCAAGUCCCCAACAUAUGCUUUGAAUAUUGCAACUUCCAUUAAACAAUGUUGUGACAUCGCCAUAAUGGAAAACCUAAAAAGAAAAAACGUCGAUAUAAGCGUGUCAACUGCUGAUAUUGAAGCUGAUCUGAAAACACUGAUCCACUUAAUAAAUGCGAAUUGGAAAUUUGAAAUCUCUAAUCAAGCCGGAAGCGAUUUAAACGUAAAUAAGUGGAAUAAGGUUUCCAUUAUUCCCUUGGCUCAAGACCUAAAAUUACUGAAAGAAUAUUUGAUAAAAAUUGGAAAUCGAGCAAUGUUAAACAUUCAAUCGUCGGGAACACGCAAGGACUUCCAAAUUUUAAUAGAGAGUGUCUAUUGCCGAGUUAUGUUAUUGAACAGGAGAAGACCAGGGGAGUUACAACGUUUGCUGGUUCACACAUACGAAACUUUCGCCACCGGUAGCAGCCACAGUUAUGAAGAGUUUGAAGAGGCGGUAACUCCAACUGAAAAAAUUCUUAUGAAUACCUUUAAAAGAAUUGUAAUUAGAGGUAAAAGGGGGCGUGGUGUCCCUAUUUUAUUUAGUAAGGAUGUACAGGAGCACAUUGGACACAUCAUAAAGUAUCGCCCUAAUUUUUGUAAGACCGAAAAUCCUUAUUUAUUCUCCAACGUUAACUCCGCUAAAGAAAUUAGCGGAUACAAAGUGUUACAAAAACAUGCAAAAAUCCGGAAGGCAUAACAUGUACUAAAUUAAGGAAACAUUUGGCCACAUUAUCACAAGUGUUCAAUAUGU